CAGUGUAGUAAAAGAGAAGAAAGAUUGGCUUCACAUUCAAAAUCUAGAAAACCCUAAACCCUAACACUCCCUCUUUCCCUCUCCGACCACUUGUCUCCCACCACCACCGUUAUACGGAAGAGCCAUGGCGGAGCUGAAACUCUCAGAGAGCCGAGAUCUAACGCGGAUAGAGCGCAUAGGAGCACACUCCCACAUCCGCGGUCUGGGUCUGGACUCGGCGCUCGAGCCCCGCCAAGUCUCAGAUGGCAUGGUGGGCCAGACUGCAGCCCGCAAGGCUGCCGGUGUCAUCCUCCAGAUGAUCAAAGAGGGCAAGAUUGCCGGACGGGCCGUCCUCCUGGCUGGCCAGCCCGGUACCGGCAAGACCGCCAUCGCCAUGGGUCUGGCCAAGUCGCUUGGCCUCGAGACCCCAUUCGCCAUGCUCGCCGGCAGCGAGCUCUUCUCGCUGGAGAUGUCGAAGACCGAAGCCCUAACCCAGGCCUUCCGCAAGGCCAUCGGCGUGCGCAUCAAAGAGGAGACCGAGGUCAUUGAGGGAGAGGUCGUGGAGAUCCAGAUCGAUCGGCCCGCAGUCGCCGGCGCUGCCUCCAAGACCGGAAAGCUGACCCUGAAGUCGACGGAGAUGGAGACAGUGUAUGACCUGGGCGCGAAGAUGAUUGAGGCGCUGGGGAAGGAGAAGGUGCAGAGCGGAGACGUGGUGGCCAUCGACAAGACCUCCGGGAAGAUCACCAAGCUCGGGAGGUCGUUCUCAAGGUCCAGGGACUACGACGCCAUGGGGCCUCAAACCAAGUUCGUGCAGUGCCCCGAUGGGGAGCUCCAGAAGCGCAAGGAGGUCGUGCAUUGCGUCUCGCUUCACGAGAUCGAUGUAAUCAACAGCAGGACACAGGGAUUUCUAGCUCUCUUCACUGGUGAUACUGGUGAAAUCCGUGCAGAAGUGAGGGAACAAAUUGACACAAAGGUGGCAGAGUGGAGGGAGGAAGGGAAGGCAGAGAUUGUACCUGGUGUCCUCUUCAUUGAUGAGGUGCACAUGCUUGACAUUGAAUGCUUUUCUUUCCUGAAUCGUGCUUUGGAGAAUGAGAUGGCUCCUAUAUUAGUUGUCGCUACGAACCGAGGGAUUACUACAAUCCGAGGCACAAAUUACAAAUCCCCACAUGGGAUUCCAAUCGAUCUCCUUGAUCGUCUACUUAUCAUCACAACUCAACCUUACACAGAAGAUGAAAUCCGCAAGAUUUUGGACAUCAGAUGUCAAGAGGAAGAUGUGGAAAUGUCUGAAGACGCAAGGUGUUUGCUGACCAAAAUUGGUGUGGAAACAUCAUUGAGAUAUGCCAUUCAUCUCAUCACAGCUGCCUCAUUGGCUUGCCUAAAGCGGAAGGGAAAGAUUGUGGAAAUGGAAGACAUUAACCGAGUUUAUCACCUGUUUUUGGAUGUGAAGAGAUCAACACAGUACUUGAUAGAGUUUCAGAGCCAGUACAUUAAUGAAACUGGAGACAAUGAAACUGGAGAUGGCGAUGAAGAUGAUGUCAAUACCAUGGUGUCUUGAAAGUUUCUGUCUGAAAUUCAACGUGUUUUUCAUCCACCUAGUUUGGAUUAACAGUAGUUUGGUAGUUUUCAAUGUGUAUGGUCUAUAUCUGCAUCUUAUGUCUCUGGAAAUGUACUUGUGCAUGUUUUAGCUGUCAGAUUCUUAUGCAUUCUAGAGAUGAGGCACCCAUUUGGAUGUA